AUGCCACGAACCCUUCCAUGGCUCAAAGGUUCGAACACCACGACCAUCGCUCCACCAAAAGCUGGCACGCCGGCCCAAAAGCCGAAGAGACGUGUAAAGGAUCUGGAAAAAGCCGAUUAUGACGGGGAAGACUCGAAGACCUAUUCAAAGAAAAUUGCCAAGAAUAAAGCUGAAGUGCCCCCAUCUUCAUCGCCGCCACCAUCGCCACCAGAGGAGAGUUUCAUGGAGGAGGGCAGAGACAAGGAUGACAGAUACCGCAUGGUUGAAGAUGAGCUUUUUAAGAUUGCUCAGACGUAUACAGUUCAUCUUCACACAGCCGAGUAUAAGAGGCUGCAGAAAGCUGUCAAGAGCGAGAAUGCCGACACGAUCAACUCGAUUUCCCGACCUGUCACUGGCAAAAUGACAGACCAUGCCAAGCGGAAAUCAGAGGCUGUGGCAAUCGCAAAGAAGCAACGAGCUACUAUCGAAGGACUGAAUGGUAAAAAGGGUGGGAAUUUUUCUGACGAUAGUCAGGAUGAAGGUCUCCCCUACGUUGGCACCACUCUUCACGGGCUGAUGGACAGUCCCCGAAAGAAAGCAGCAUCACUGGCGAAACUUGGUACAAAGGCCACGACUCGAGCAGCAGCAGGAUUCGGCAAAGCAUCAUUUCAAGCCAAGCCAGACCGACAGUCUUCCCCUCUACCCAAGCAUGCUACCCAAAAAGCGCUAGAACUGCCACAGAACCAUGUCUCUACGGACAACACGGAAGAGGAAGACGACGACCUGGAUGCACCAAUAGCAGCCCCGAAGUUGAUUGCCAAAAAUCAGAAAUCCACUCUAUGUCCGAUAUCACGUUCAAAGUCCAUACCUACCCCUUCAGCUGUUGUCAGACGAGAGCCUCGGCCUUUCACAUCCUUCGAACAGAAAUCCCAGUCGAAUCCCAUGAAAACAGAAUCAGAGUCCAAAUACCCCAUCAAGGUUGAAUCGCCACCCAUGGCUACUGCACCAAAGGUAUCGACCCCCAACGUAACAGGGAAGCCUACACGGCUGUCGAGGUUAGAAAGAAUGCGGCAGAACAGGGCAAAGAAACAAGAGGAGCCAGAUCUUAAGAAGGAGUAUGACUAUGAUGCUAUUCCCACUUUCUGA